GCAAUUGUAAUCGAUAGCUAACACUAGACACACGUCGUCUGCAAGCAAACUAAACAAGAAGCAAACAUCAAUAAAUUUCCCAAGAAGACAAUAAUAAUCAUAAAAUUAUUCAUAUAAUGGGGUCACAAACUUUAUCACUCUGCUGUUGUCUGGCACUGCUGUCCGGCAUUGCUGCCACGUCAGUGUCCAACAAUGCAACGGACUGUCCACAGUUCUGUCCCGCUAUCUUUAUGCCAGUCUGUGGCCACGAUGGCUUCAUCUACAAGGAAUUCGCCAGCAUCUGCAAUUUGAAGGCGUUCAACUGCCAACGCGAGCGCAGCGCACUCACAACCUAUGCUACAACGGACAUGGACUGGUGCAGAACCGAGCAGGUCACCGAUCUGCAAGAAAAACUGGGCAACAUUAAGCUAGACAUUAAUGGCUGCCUGAAGCCCUGCACCAUGAUCUAUCAGCCUCUGUGUGUAAGCAACGGCAAGUAUCGUGGACUGAUGCCAAGCGCCUGCACUUUGGAAACCUUCAACUGCGCCCUGCAGGCUCAUGGCGCCAAACCCACUGAGUUGCUGCGCGUUCUGCGUGCCGACUCCUGCUAGGCAAACUGACAAUCAUUGUAACUUGAUAUUAGUGUUGACAAUGUGAAAACAAAAGUGCAAUAAAAAGUGGCAAACAUAAAUUCAAA